ACUACCCCGGAAGUCGCGUCUGCCAUAGCGACCAUCAACAACCAUAUUAUCGGGUUAGCAGUGAGGUAUACUUCUCUAGUCUUUUAGUGGAGUUUCUCGUCACAUGUAAGUGUGACAGUAGUGGCGAACUUUAAAAAAUUGGAAUAAACAUAAAAUCAUGGCAACAGCGACAUUAAUGAGCAGGGAGAUCCCUCCGGAGAGACCACAAGUGCAAAUCGCCGAAACAUCAGGAGGAUCUCGUAAUGCUGAUAUGGAAAUAACAUACACUGGUAACACAGGAAACGACAUGGGAAUCUCAACAAUGGGGUUCAGGGCUGCGAAAUACAACCCUCCAGAGUGGCAUGAAAGCAAUUAUGCUAAGUAUUACCAAUCAUUUGUCGACAGAGAUAGUGCUGAGAGAAUUCGCCACGAGUCCAAAAGAACAGCUAAUGAAACAGAAGCCACUACAAACAAAACGCAAGCAGAGGUGACCAAGAAACUUGGCGAGAGAAUUCAAGACAUUAACUUUUGGAAAUUUGAACUAGAAAGAGAAAUUCAAGAUGUAAUCGCUGAAACAGAUCUGCUCCUGGCACAGAAGAAAAGGUUAGAAAAUGGACUCCGUGCAACAGAAAUUCCCCUUCACAUAGCUACAGAUAACUUGAAUUGCAGACAGAGAAGACAAGGUGUGGAUUUGGUGCAGGAUGAUGUUGAACUUGGAUUACUGAAGGAAGUUGAAAUAAUCAACAAUGUUCAAGACUUGCUCAAGAAAACAAUUGAACAGUCCGAUAAACAAAUUAAAUUAAAUAGAGAAGCUAAACAGAACCUUGAAAUGGACUGGAGUGAUAAGAAGGAGGCCUUAGAGAUUGACACCAAAUCUGGAGCACUUAGAAACGAACACACAGACAAACAAUUCUACUCAGGAGCAGCCAAGUUUGAGGAGAUCCAAUCUACACCUGAGUCCUGGGCCCAGUUUACACAUGACAACAUUGUCCGGGGAGAACAUGAGAGAAUGGCGUCCAUUCAGCUGAGACAGUUGAUUGAUAAUAUCCUUGCCGAUACAUCUCGAGACAUGAGGGAGCAGUGUGACACAGUGGAUGUCUGCUUCCAGAAACGCUUGGAGGAAAUGGAAGAUUCUAAAGCUAAAAUGGAGGAAAAUCUCAGAAAGAUCUGUGAUGAGAUUGCCCAGAUGGAGAACAACAUUGAUAUGUUGAGGAAAGCUAUCCGCGACAAGGAGAACCCAAUGAAGGUGUCCCAGACCCGCCUCAACAACCGCACCAACAGACCCGGUGUGGAGCUCUGCAGAGACCCCGUGCAAUACAAACUUGUGGGUGAAGUGAAUGAAAUUGCACAGUCCAUUGAUGCUCUAGCAGAACAACUAAACAAUGCCGAGAACUCCAGAAAAGACCUUCAGGACAACAGAAUGGCUCUAGAGAAGGAGAUUGCCUGCAAGAAGAACAGUAUAUUUAUUGAUAGGGACAAGUGUGUCAGCGUCCGCACACGAUACCCAACUUCACUCAAACUGCAGGGCUACCAGUAACCCUCCAGCUGCCCCCCUAUAGACUCUAAAUUACACUGCUUCUGUCUGUCUAGAUCUUUUUGGAUCAAAGCUUGCACUGCACCUUCAUCAAUGUAAUGUUGUGAAACAUUUUUAUUCUUGAAACUUGCUGACAUAAUAUCUUGAAAAUCAUGCCUCAUCAAAUGUGUUUGCAAAACCAACUAGAUAUAUUUCAAUUAUACUUUACAAAGGGGUUAAAUUUUUGCUUGGAUUGUUUCCUUGCCCUUUGUUCAUUAAAUUAUAAGUGUGAUAUUAUUGGGAAUAAACAGUAUUUUGUAAAUAAAAGUAUAUGUUGAGAGUACAAAU